AUGAUUCCAUUAAUAACAGUUCGCUACCUGAAGAACCUCCCGCUUCCAGUCGCCUCGCUGAUUCCAGUUGCCACGUUUGCAGUUCAUCACGGCCCUCACCACUCCGUAAUCAACCACCGGGACGCACACUUGCCGCAAGCCCAAAGGAAGCCCCGAAUCCGCUCAACACAGUCGUGCCAAUCCAGCCAGCGACCAGCAGUCGUCCCGGUCCUGCACACUUCGAAAAACCCAUAUCAAAGACGAUCGAACAAACAACCGACGGCGUUUGACGUUUCAUCGUCAACAAACAUCGCACGGUUGGAUUGCGUUAUUGGUCAUUGUGUACCUCUCAAUUCCAGUAGUCGCGCUGGUUCAGAUUGUCACGCUAGCCCCACUCGCCACGCUGCUUCCAGUCGCCAUAGGAGUACUCCAUCACGUUCUCCAACGCUUCGCUACCAACCACCGGGACGCACACUUGCCGUAAGCCCAAAGGAAGCCCCGAAUCCGCUCAACACAGUCGUGCCAAUCCAGCCAGCGACCAGCAGUCGUCCCGGUCCUGUGUUUGAGACAGGAGACGGGGUCUUCCGAAAUCCGUUUUCAGGCAAGUACGCUCCCAAUACGUUCAGUUCGCUGCCUGAAGUACCUCUCAAUUCCAGCAGCCACGCUGAUUUUAGACGCAACGCUGGUUCCAGUCACCACGCUAGUCCCGUUAGCCACGCUGAUUCCAAUCGCCACGCUUGUCCCGGUCCUGUGUUUGAGACCGCUCCUAGUGUUUCGACUGCCGCUGACCCUGAACCCGAUCCCCUCUCACAUCUGAGAGUGUAUUAUCAGAAUACCAGAGGACUUCGCACUAAAAUCGAUUCGUUCUUCGUAGCAGCUGCGGAAGCGGAGUACGACGUCAUUGUGUUGACGGAAACUUGGCUCGAUGACGUUAUAUCUUCUACUCAGCUGUUUGGUAACGCAUAUACAGUGUACAGAACUGAUCGCAGUAGGCUAAACAGCAGAAAAACAAGAGGUGGUGGAGUUCUAGUGGCCGUUUCGUCCAGUCUUCAAUUUUGUAUUGACCCUUCGCCUGUUAGUAAUCGGUUAGAGCAACUCUGGGUGAAGGUUCAUCUUGAUGGGUUUGAUGUCAGCGUUGGAGUACUUUAUCUACCCCCGGAUUACAAAAAUGACCUGUUCCUCAUUCAGCAGCACUUGGAAUCCAUCGACUCUAUUAUGUCCGGGUUAAGCCAACACGAUUAUGCCCUACUUUUUGGUGACUACAACCAUUCGGAGAUGCUUUGGUUACCUUCUGAGGAUGGUGGCCUUAAACUUGAUACUAGAGGUUCAAAUCUCACAGGUCCCGGUAGUAUACUAUACGAUGGCUUUUGCUUCCAUAACUUGACGCAAAUUAAUUCGGUUAAAAACGCCAAUAACGGUAUUCUUGAUCUGGUUCUGGUGAAUGACUUGUCACUACCAGCCUGUCAUCUUUCCGAAGCAGUCGAAGCGCUCGUUGUAGUCGAUACCGCUCACCCCGCAAUAGAAAUCGAUAUUGUGAUGUCUCUACCGGUAAAAUACGAGCAGGCUCCAGAAGGCGCGCUUUUCGAUUUCCGUCGUGCUGAUUAUGAAGUGCUCACCAAUGACAUUUUUUCAAUUAAGGCUGACACAAAUUUCGAUUUUCUCUAAUGUCACCGCCCCCUCGGAAAAUUUUGGUCGGAAUCUGACAUUUUGAGGGGGGACACAAAUAAAUUAUUCAAGAAAUUUAAAUUUUUUAAAAUGAAAUUAGAGUCAUCGAGAAAAUUUCUUAACAAAUCCGAUGAGUUUGACGAUUUUGCCUAAUUGUUUGGGUAAUUUUGCAUCAAAUGCACUUAUUAUUUAUCAUCCUCCCCCUUAACGAGUCAACGAGUAAAGUGACAAAAGAAGAAAAUGAGAUUUGUUCCGGCCUAAUU